AUGAAGAAAAAGAGAGAAGUGGAGGAAAUUUACAAGCGUUUCACCCCUGAAGAAAUCGCUGAGGCACGGAGAAUAGUGGAAGAGAUGGAUGCCAUGAAUGAACGCGAACAACGAUACAAGGAUGAUGCUGAAGCGGAACUGGAGGCGUUACGUCAAGAGCUAAAAGAAUACGAAAAUGCUGAAGAGAUU